AUGCCUUCAGAGGCCUCCACUGCAGCCCAGCUGCAACAGCAGCAGCAGCAGUCCACCUCGUCGCACAUGAUGAAGACUACAAAACGCGGCAGACCGUUUCUCAAGGAUACACUGGACCUAUUUGCUACCCUAAUCGUUUCUCUCCAACUCACUACCCAUAAGCAAUUCUUCCGUACUUUUGCUAAUUCCUUCACAACGGAUGAGGCUGCCCAGAACCUGGCGUCGCUCAAGUUUUCACAAUCAAAUCGUGGACCAGAUCCCAGAGAGCCAUCCCGAGUAAUCACAACAACCACUACCACCACUUUCUCUAUGACCCGCGACAUGGCGAAGGCAAUGAGCCAACACUUCAUGGAUGCUCGCUUGAUUGAGAACGCCGCUGACCCAUCCUCCAAUCUAUUCAAGGAACGAGGCGUUUAUACGCUCACCCCCAAGGGCCUUCACGUUCUGGAACGGUUUAUCAGUGCCCAUGGUAUCAACGCCGACCAUUUGCAACAGGUCUUUGGUACGCAACCCAUAUGUAUCUACCUCCUCCACCUGGAUCGACGAUCUGCCGAUGACGAGAUUAUCGUAUCCCAAUCCGUCAUCACUCUUCUGUUCCGCCGUUUCGUCGGGCGUCAGCCCAACUAUGCUACGCAAUCCAACGCACCCGUCGAUCCUUUCGUGCGCUAUCACGAAAGAUCCAAGGGCAUUGCUCUACACGACAAUAUCGAGAAGGCUCAACCGCUAUUGGGCAAGCCUCAAAUGUCGCAUAAGUAUUGCUUUGCUGCAGUUGCUGCCCUUGAAUGGCUCUGCGACUUCACGUCCGUUGUCGGGCGAGAGGAAGCAGCAGAAAUGGCCGCUCAAUUCGUUCGGUUCGGGCUCAUCUCGCUCGUUAGCGAUAAGCGGAAGAACAAUGAUUCUGCGAUCAUUUUUACAGUCAGAGGAUCAUCGCCUGGAGGCAAUUCUCCCAUCAGCCAACAAGGAGAGUUCCGCUGCACCGCCAAAGCCAUCUACAAAAUCACUGAUGAAGGGCGACGACUUGCUCACUGGGAUGGCCUCGGAAACCCAGACUCGCCUAACGCUUCGGCGUCGAACUUGUCAUUGACAGAACGUUCUUCCAUGAACGCUACAUAUGAUGGCGGCGACAAGCGACCCGCCAAGGAAAGCAAUACUGAUCGACUGCGCUACAUUCUCGAGGAGCCCGCUCUGCGAUCUCUGUUUCGCGAGUUCCUUCGUGGCAACUUCUGCGAAGAGAAUCUAUCGUUCUGGUUGGACGUCGAAGAUUUCAAACGCAAGUUUCACAUCACUUCUAGUGCGCAGGCAGUUACUCUGCCGACGCGGACACAGACGCCUGGUCAAGCUGCAAUGGAGAAACACCACGAGGUGCUCAUUAACAAUGCGUUCUCGAUAUACAACACGUACCUUGCACCUUCAAGUCAGUGCGAGCUGAACAUCGACCAUGGUCUUCGGAACGAGUUGGCGAAGUAUUUAGAAGAGGUGGUGACUAGUUUGACCGGGAAGGCAUUCCACGGGCGGAUCGAAAAGGAGCAAGCGACUGGCUUCAAUGCUACGCAGCUUCAGACGAUGAUCAAGUUGUAUGAGCGGAUACAGACGCAUGUAUUCCGCUUAAUGGCUACCGACUCAGUUCCCAAGUUCAUCAAGACCCCUCGUUUCCUUGCCAUGAGAAAUUGGUCCGACGACUUCGACCCUACGGAGAACGAUUUCCGAUUCUUGUCUGCUUCGGGGCAAUCUGAAGAAACAGGCGGUGCAUAUAUCACUGUCUCACCGCAGGGCAGUGAGCGUGAGCGACGGCAACUGCUUGACCAACAGCAACAGCAGAAGGUUGCACCGGCGCCCCCUCCACCAUCAUAA